AUGAACGAUCCCAAUGGAUUCUGCGUUUAUAAAUCUGAGUAUCAUUUAUUCUAUCAAUAUAAUCCGAAUAGUAGCUAUGAACCUGGCAUUGCUCAUUGGGGACAUGCAAAGAGCAGUGAUUUAUUUACGUGGGAAAACCUUCCCAUAGCAAUGUACCCAGAUAAAAGCUACGAUAGAACAGGUGUGUUCUCUGGAAGUGCUUUAGUAGAGGACGACAUAAUGUUUCUUUUUUAUACAGGUAACGUAAACCUACCGGGAAGCACUCCCGAUCAUGAACAGCAGCAAGCUUUAGCAAUAUCCAAAGAUGGAAUAAAUGUUACUAAAUAUCAGAGAAAUCCUAUUUUGAAAGGAUUGGAACAUCAACCAAAUAUACGGGAUCCUAAGGUUUGGAAACAUGAAAAUUCAUAUUACAUGGUACUGGGGAACUCAUUUGUAAAUGAACUUAACCAAACUCUUGGUCGUGCUUUACUUUAUAAAUCAGACAAUAAAAUAACAUGGGAACAAGUGUCAGUUCUUCAUGAAUCGAACGGAGACCUGGGAUAUAUGUUUGAGUGUCCUGAUUUCUUUGAACUAGAUGGAAAAUAUGUAUUGCUAUUUUCACCACAAGGAGUAAAAGCGGAGGGAGAUGACUACAAAAACUUGUAUCAAACUGGGUAUAUUGUAGGAGAUUUUAAUUACUCGACCUAUGAAUUUAAGCCACUAACACAAUUCCGUGAACUAGAUCAUGGCCAUGACUUUUAUGCAACACAAACAAUCUUAGAUAAAAGUAAUAGGAGAAUAGUAAUAGCCUGGAAUGAUAUGUGGGAAACCAACUAUCCCGAACAAAAAGAAGGUUUUACAGGCCAAAUGACAAUAGCUAGAAUACUUUUGCUAUCACAAAAGUUGACUUUAAUUCAGAAGCCUGUAGAUGAAGUUGCGAAAAUCCUGGAUGGACUUGUGUUUACGGGUAGAGGUAUGGGAGGUCAGGGCCUCAUAUUGAAAGAUAACAUUGGCCUAAUAAGUAUAAGUGCCUCAGCAGAAAGAGACUUUGUAUUGCAUUUUGAGUCUGAGGAUCAGUCUCGAGCAUUAACAAUAAAGUAUGAUUCUCAAAAUCAUACUGUUUCUCUAGACCGUGGUGGUGAAGAUGGGCUUCGUCGAACAAGAUGGUCACCAGUUAAUGUCAUGAAUAUGAAUAUAUACGUUGAUAGAAGUUCGAUUGAAUUGUUUUGUGGAGAAGGAGAAAUAACUUUCUCUAGUAGAUACUUUCCCGUUGGUCAAUCCAUAUUACGCUUAGGAACUGGGAGCGUUGCAGAUAUUCUCACGUUGAGUAGUAUAAAACCAACCGUGUACCUUAACUAA